AUGCCACUUUUACCGCUUGAUAUUGCUGUAGAACAAUUGAUAUCUUUGUUACCUAAAAUUAAGAACUAUGCAAAAAGUGCUAUAGAACUUUGCGCAAAUCCACCUGCAGAUGGGCUCACAAAAGAUAUGUCUGGUGCAAUCAGACUCUAUUCGAUGGAAGAACACUUACAAGAUGAACCUCUAUAUGCUAUUUUGAAUCGUAUUCUACGGACAGAAGAUAGACAACAACUUAAACCAUGGCUAUUCUAUAUUAAACUACUUCAUACUGCACUUUCACAUCUUCCAUCUAUUUAUCAAGUUGCCUAUCGAGGAAUCAAACUAGACUUGAGUGAUCAGUAUAGAACUCAAGAAACAGUGAAAUGGCUGAGCUUUUCCUCGUGUACUACUACAAUUGAUGUUUUACAAUCAGAACAAUUUUAUGGCACAAGGGGCCCACAAACAAUUUUUGCUAUCGAUUGUCAUUCUGGAAAAAACAUUCGUAACCAUAGUCUUUUUCCAUCAGAAGAAGAAAUACUUCUACUUCCUGGAACUGAAUUCAAAAUCACUGGACUUCUGAAACUAGCCGACAAUGUUCACAUGAUUCAACUAAAAGAAAUUGAAUUAUCUCAUCCUUCAUCACCAUUUUUACCUGCUCCUGAUCUCACUGAACCGAUUUCGAAUGACAAUAAACAACCAGUGAAUAACCCAUCUCCAUCCAAUAGUUCUUUUAACAUUGAAAUCAAUUCUCCCCAACUAUCUACUUCGAGGCUCUCUCUCGAAUCGAGCCUAGCUAUUCAUAAUGAAAUCUUCGAACAAUCUAUUGGUGACAUACGAAUAGAAGACAAUGGCUGUGUUGUUUCACAUGGUACAUCAAUGAACGGUGGAGAAGUACGUGGUAAAAACCAAUAUACAUCAGGUAAACAUCGAUUGAAAUUUAAAAUUGAAAAAUAUUCUACAUGGAUCUUCAUUGGUAUUAUUUCUAAAACUACUUCAAUGAAAGAAAACUCUUACAAAUCUUUAUCAUCUUAUGGUUGGGUAUCUCAAGAUCAUUAUUAUGCUGGUGUAUGGGCGAAAAAAGGAAAUGAUAUAUUUUCUACUUAUAAUAAUCGUGAAAAUGAUAUCAUUGAACUGUUAAUUGAUGUGACAACACAAACGCUUCAUUAUACUAAUGAACGCAUGAAUCAACCACAAAAAAUGAAAAUGGAUAUAAAUAAAUGUCCAUUACCUUGGCAAAUAUUGAUCAAUCUUAGUGGCUACAAUGAUCGUAUAAGACUCUUAAGUUAUACAAAUUUAUCAUAA